UCCAGAGUCGAAUGUAAACAAUCGUUUGCUCGCUCCUUUGUAUAUAUCCCGUCGCUCUUUCGAUAAUUUGUUAGUCCCUCACCGUCACAAAUGAGGCACCCAUUUCGAUCAACAAUGUCAGCGCGUCUCUUGUUCAUACUCGUACUCACGUUUUCAUUUCGCACUAUUUGUACAACGCCUGACCAAAACUUGCUUCGAGCUCUCGAAUCCACGACUCGUUUUUUCGAUCACUUGAGACUCGAAUACGAAUACCAAUCACCUACGCGAGAUUUAUACAAAUCCAUCGACCAUCGAAUCAGUGAAUAUGUGAACAGAUUGAAAAAGUCGAGUAAUUUGUCGAGGGAAAAACGUCAACUUGAUACGGACAAGGACGUAAGAGUUUUGAGCGGAUUCGAGAGGACACCGGGUCUUGAUUUCUCCGAUGCGAUCGACGUCACUUUUUUUGUAUACCGAAAUGAGAGGGGUCCGCCGCGCUGGUACGCGGCUGCGCUUAAUUCUUCGGGGAUUUCCUUGUUUCUUUACGAGCCCACACGCGCGUUCACUCGCAUUGGGUUCUCCGGGGUGGAACACGGCACGCGUAUCACAUCCCAAAGCUCAUCGAUCGCAACGAUUUUUCUAGUUCAAAGGUCGACCGGCGACACUCACGUUUUUCGAAUGCGGCAAGGCCCCGCGAAAAAAAUCGUUGAAAGGGUUCAAACGGUCAAGACACCCAAUGCCACGGAUUUGACCCUUUGGCAAGGCAUGAAGAAAACGUAUUUGGCUAUUUCCUCGUCUAAAAGAAUCGCCGUUUUCGCCUGGGUGGGCGAAUAUUUUGACGAAAUACAAACUCUGCAUAUUGGCGCGAAAAGAGUCGUCGCUUUCCAGACCACCGGCGCCAUGCAUCUUCUCGCCCUCGACCAGUCGCGCACUUCUCUGUUUAAAUUUCUUCUCCACACCCGAGAAUUCGUACUUUCACAAAGAUUCUCAGGGGCCAACGACGCCACGAAGUUCAGCCGCGAGGACGGCCACCAGGGCGAAUAUUUUCUUGCUCUAGCUCGCGACGAUUCAACCCUUAUUUACAAGCAGUCGAAACACCGCUUCGUACCCUUUCAAGGAAUUUCAGGCGCUCAUAAAAUCACCGCAUUUUAUAAUCAAGCCGCCAUCCUGUUGUUCCUCGUUCGAAAUAACAGCCUGAACGUUCUCCAGUACGACGGCUGGAAAUUCGCCGAGUUGGGAGUUCGAACUUCCGGAAUUUUCGAUAUUCGACCACUCGACUUGAGCAACGGCCGUUUAUUGGCUGUCAAAGUCAGAGGCUCGGGAGAUUCCGGGACGAAUGAGGGAGGAAUCUUUAAAAAUAACACGAAAAGUUCGUGGAAUUUACUCAAAUUUGUUUGGGCGAGGAAAGAGAGUGAAACGAGCUUAAGGGAAAAAACAAAGCUCUGGUGCACUGAUUCCUUGAAUUCUUUAAUUCCGGCAACCGUUGAUCUGCCUCAGCUCAAGCUUCCGUUACGAAUCGAACAAGGAUCUAUUCAGAUUCUUCAUGCUCGUAAAAUAAAUGGUGAAUCGGUAGAGAAAUUCGUAAAAGCCACGCGUCGCUGGGGGGAGCUUCAUUCGGAAGUGUUGAUGCAGGAAAAGUCGUCGAAAAAUUACAUUUCGCGAGUAAACCCGAUAUUGAAGAGCAUCGAUGCCUCCAACAUACGUAUAAGCUGCACGGGAGUGUGUCGUGCCAAAAAUACAAUCACUGUAGAGAAGGAAACGUUUAUGGAUAAAGUGCGAUGGCUCAACAACGACAAGCAAAAUUUGAGUUUCGAGACCGUGAGAAUUUUAUCGUCGAAGAACUUACCGUGUCCUGUUGCAGCACCUAAAAUUAAAGACGUAACGGUCGAUGGCUACGUUAAUGGAAUUUCAUUCCCCAAUUUCGCCGAGGAUGUUCUCAAGGUCACGGGAGAUCAAAUAUUCACUGGUUCUCCAACGUUCGCCGAACUUAGGGUAAGAAACGCGAAAAUCCUCUUAGAUAUUGCGUCCGAUUUCACGCGCCAGGAGAUCGAAGCGUUGAGUAUCGAGACGGACGAGCUCGAGGUCGCGCCCGGAGGCUUUUUAUUGCCUCUGAACAGUGAGCCUGGCACGGUGAUGACCGGUUCGCUGACUGUUUCGGACGCGAGGAUCAAAGGGGUCGUCGAUUCACGCGGCAAAAUAAACGGUACCGUCGGUACCAAAUUCAGUCGAAUAAUCAACGUACCAGAAGCCUUGGAAAUUCCGGGCAAUAUUACCCUAAACAAUGUCACGGUUCUUGAAGAUUUCCGGGUCGAGGAUAUCAAAAGAAAGGAAGGAAAAUCGUAUAAAGAUAUAAUUUCAAAAGCAGUCCCAUUAAAUGCUCCUCGUGUUGGAGUACGACUUGAAUUACGGAAUAAUAAAGUGUCAUGGAACAACAUGACGGUACACAAUUUUCCCUACAAAUGGCUAACGAAAAAUCAUCUCGGUCAUUCACUUAUUACGGGCCACAAAACUGCAACGAGAUCGGAAAUUACGCUGGGAAAUUUGGUGCACGAGAAUCUGCCAACUCCAAGAUUGCCAUUGCGGGUGUGCGGCGUGGCUGCGAUAAGCGAGGGCGUCUGGGAGUCGAAUUUAGUAGUCGAUAAAGGGACUGCAAAGUCUGUUCGCGCCAUUAAUCUUUUCAGUGGAUCUGAAUUGAGUGAAAUUUAUUUGGACUCUGUUCCAACGAUCGAAGAAAUGCCUUGGGCACUGAAAAAUUUGACUGGACAAAUAAAAGUGAAAGAGGCCGAAAUAGAUUACGUUCGUGGUGUGGAAUUUCAGGAAUUGAAAAAUACUUUGUCCAAAUGGAGCGAGCCCACUCGUUUGAAGGGCCCGAUUCGAUUCACCAAUCUAAAAACUCAUGAACUUAUGACGUCGGGCAAAUUCAAUGUUCCUUUGCCUCUCGAAAUACAAAAUUUACAAAGCAGAGGGAAUUUAUACGUCAGUAUAUUGAAUGACGUUAAAAUCGAUGAGUUUUUAAGAGACUCUGUCAAAUUGGACGACAAUCUCUCAUUGACGAAUGUCACGUUUGCCGGAGGGCUCGAAGCCAGGGAAUUAUACGCUACGAAAACAUCGUUCAGUCUUCAAGAAAAUAUGCCAAGAUAUUUGGGUUCGAAAGAGAUUUUGGGCAGUUUCGAAGCCGAGGCGAUGGAAGUGCCGAAUUUACUGAAUAUCCCAUCGUCAGGGAUUCCCAUUAAUAUUAUUGUCGACGGAAACGUGCAAUUUAUGAAGGAACCCAAAAUAACGAACAUUAAUAACAAAAAUUUGGACGAAUUGUUCAGCGAAGUUUUGUUGACUGACAGACCGUUCAGGAUUUCUGCUGAAUUUGUGCUAUUCAAAAAUGUUACGUUCGAGAAUGAUUUGACGAUACUGCAAUCGUUCGACACUCCGGAUCUUGGUCCGUGGUUCGAUCUUGAGAACCGUUUGCUGAGUAAGACGAAACCGCAAAUGAUUAACGUCGAAGCAUCGUUCGCGUCAGUCGCUGCGCCUAAAAUCGUGGCAUCAUCGAAAUCGCAUUUGCGAUCGAACGUUUCAUGGCUCCAUGAUUUGGAGUACAAUUCUCUGAAAAUCAACGAGCCUCAAGUGAGCGCGAAUAAGUGGAAUUUCGAAGAACUCAUUAUCACUGGCGAUUAUGAAUUCCGGGAUCAAAUAAAUGGCCUCAAUUUCGCAACUGACGUCGUGAGAAAAGACGCGAGAGAAAAUAUCGUGAGAGGAAAAAAAAUCAUUCGCCAUUUGGAAGCCCAAAGUAUGAAUGGUCUGAAAUUCGAUAAAUUCGCACGUAAAACGUUGAAAAAAAAUAACGGGAACGAAACGAUCGUCGUGAAAGGAUGGAAAACGUUCAAAACUGUCGAAAUGAAAAAUCUGAGAGUGGAGGGCACGGUGAACGGUAAAAAAGUCGAAAACUCGUUACAAAAGUCUGCAAACCAAAUUCUCCAAGGGACAAAAGUACUGAAUGGCUGUACAAGAGCAUCGACGAUUGUGACAGAAGGUUUGGUCAAUGGAAUUCGAUUGAAUUCUUUUGUUGAGCAGCAACUCAAGAAAAAAUCACCUUUACAAAUAAUCAAAACACCGAUCAGUUUGAACAACAAAUUAACGAUAUCCGGCAACGUUACGAUUAAGGGAUUGUACAACGGCAUCGAGUUGAGAAAUUUCGGGGACGUUACGAGAAGUCUUGGAUCAACGAACGAAACGCUUGCGAAAUUGAUCGUUUUUGCUGAAGGAAUUGAAAACGCGAUCGACAGUCGUGCAUUCUACUGGGACAACUUGGAGCUCGUCGAAACAAAUUCAAAAGCAUUAAAUUUCGAUUUGACAAACGAAGAACAAAUUUAUUUCGUCGAUUUGGGUAACUGCGGAAUCGUCGAUUUUUCUCUGUAUUGUGACAGAGCCUCGAUUUUCCAGCCGGUGUUAGUAAUUCCAAACGACAGUCGAGUUCUCGCCGCAAGGGUUAUCGACUUUUCGGGUCUUCCCCUCGUCGUAUUCGUCACCUCCGAUCCUGGUGGAGGCGUUUUCAUUUUUCGUUACGACCCAACUGGGAGAAGUUUCUACAAGUUCGCUGCUCUGCUCGUGCCGGGCAUUAUUGAAGGAUCUUUUACAACAACGAUCAAUCCUCUCUGGAUCGCUCUCCGCCUGCGUGAUCAUUUGAUGAUUAUUCGCUACGAAAUCCGUUCGAAUUUCGAAGAAUGGACCAUUCCGGGUGGAGGACCAUUUUUGAUGAGUUCGACGCCCAGCGACGAAUUCUUUAUUUUCCGAAACGACGGCGUUUGGAAACUGGGAGGACUCGGGGGGCCACGAAAAAUUCUCGACUCCAAGUUUCAUGGCCAAAUCGAUACAUUCACUAUUGGCAACGACUACUACGUUCAACUGACUGAUAAAAAUGCAACGAAUCUUCUGAGAGCUCGAUUCAUCGGUAAUUAGUUGAAAAUUCAAAAAAUUGUUCUUAAAGAAAAUAUUAUUCGAUGUAAAAUAAGUAUAGCAAUCGAUUUGCAUGUUAAAAAUCGAAAAAUCAUCAACUCAUAUUUAUUUUAAAUUAUAAUUAUCACGAUGAAAAAAAACAUGCACCGAAAAUCGAAUAAUCAACUCAAUUGUGGUAUUCGAAACAUUGUAAAAUAAAACUACGAGUUUUAUACAGUUCUAACAAACCGCUUUCUCCUACAAAUUUAUGAAAAAAGAAAUUUUUUUGUCAA